CUGGAAUUUCCACUUUCUGUAUCCUGCACCAAGCAGGAGUCAGAUGAGCUUCAUAUUCUGAGGAGCAAAGUUCCGAUCAUGAUUCGCUCGAAGUUGCUGUUGAUUUUCCUCGCAUUUUUUGCCUUUGUCAUCGGAGCAGUAUCAAGUGCUGCUAUCAAGACAGUGGACGAAGAUGAUGGAGAUGAGUCCGCGAUUGCAAGUGUAAAUGAAGCGAAGGUUGCAGCCAUAGCUCGACCUGCGCCACUGGCAUUUCUGGCGGCAGGAGCAAAUAAUGGUGGCAGAAAAGGACCAAAAGGACAAAAACCAAACCAGCAGAAAAGCCAGAGACAGGGAGGAGGUAAUCAGGGUGGUCCUGGGGGCUCAAGUGGUCAGGGCAGUCGCGGGGGUCCCGGUGAUCAGGGAGGUCCCGGGGGUUCCAAUGGUCAGGGAGGUCGCGGGGGUUCCAGUAGCCAGAGAGGAUCUCGAAGUGGUCAGGGAGGUCAGAAAGGUAACAAAGGUCAGGGAGAUCAGGGAGGUCAAGAUCAGGGAGGACAGGAUCAGGGAGGACAGGAUCAAGGAGGACAAGAUCAGGGAGGUCAGAGUAUUCAAAGAGGUGGGCAAGGAGGAAGGGGAGGUCCAAGUGGUCAAAGAGGUAAGGGAGGUCCUGGUGGCCAAGGAAGUAUGGGAGGCCCGGGUGGUCGAGGGGGUAGAGGAGGUACGGGUGGUCAGGGUCAGUCAGGAGGAAACAAUUCUGGUUCUGGCAACAGAGGCCCACCUCAAGAUGGCAAUGAUGCAAGUGGAUCUGAUGGUUCUGCUGAUGUUAAUGGUGGAGGUGCUGAUGCAUGAAUGAUUUUCUAAUAAAGGAAAACUGCAUACACAUA